CCUCGGUCGGAAGUUCCGCAAUUUGUUGGAGACGCAACCGAUAAUAUGGGGCUUUGGCAAAGAAUAGUAUCGACUAAACGAUUUUGGUCUGAAGAUGACGACAACAACUCAAAGAGAACCAAUAAAUCUGUAAGACAAAGUUUUGGCAUGGGCGACAUGGCUGAAAUAGGAAGCACAUAUACUUCUUCGGUUGCCAUGGAUGGGAGUGCGUGCGGGCGUUCGUUCAAGAACAUGAAGGGCAGACCUCCGUCUGUAUCUCAGAACGAUAAGAACCCCUACACUGAAGAGAAAACCAUUACCUCACAACAGGAACAGAGAGCCACCGGAAGGUCAAGAAAGGACAUUUAUGAUUGGUUGUCCGGGUUACAGGCAGGGUUAGAUCAGAAACAAACUACCACAUCUAUGCAUGCACGUACAAAUGAACAGCAUACGCCAUCGCCUCAAGUUCGAGGUAUUCCGCAGAUAGGUUGUUCUCAACCUCUGACUACUGCGCCGGUAGAGGUUAGAAAGAUCCAGAUUCUAACCAAACACAGUUAUCCCAGCAAAUCAUCAACAACUGUUGGGCAAGAAGAAUCAAACGACACAUUGGUUUCGACACCAGAUAGCGGCAAAGUAUUUAGAUCAAAACCAACACCGCAGACUGUGGCGACCACUUUCAAUACGGAUAUGACCUCUCUUAAGAACGUCAACACGGCUUAUUCUAGCAAAGCAGCUGGACAAGACCUCAAGGGUCGGGCGAUACCCGUGAUUACCGGACAUAGUGGGAUUGUUUCCGGUAAGGGUGGCACCAUUAUAAGGGCCCCACCUAAAAGCUCGCUUCAUGCGACUUCUGCUGGCUUAAAAAGUGGUGAAAUUAAGCAUGACACCCAAACGACACAAAGUCUGGAGACUCGCGAGACAAACAACCAAACGACGUCGCGGGCGAUGCCGGCGCACCAGCCACAGGUCGUGUUCCCCGGCCCCCGUUCCACCGACUUCCCCUCCCAGACUUCCAUGUUCUGGUCCCAUCAGCAGCGCGAGGCCGAUCAACACUGGGAACAAGAUGGCCGGCGCCAACACAAGCAAGACGACCACAAGACAACCUACUCAGACCUCUACUCCAAUUUCGCCGAUGGCGCCGACGGAAACUCGCGAAGCCCCCAGCCAAAUUCUGCCACAGCAGAUCAGAGUGGACGAACAAGGUAUACAGAGUUUGACCAACGCGGUGAUAUGGGUGAGUGGAGUCGUGUUCACCGUCUUUCGUACGGUAAUGAACAAGUUCAUAAGCAGUUUGCCGAGAACAAUGUAAAGCGUGACGGAAAUUAUGAACAGGAGUAUCAAAAUUUGGCAAAACCCACAGAGCAGCUUUUGCCGUCUGCUGGAAAGUGGAUAGGAACACAAAAUACGAGCGCUACUCGACCGCUAUCUGAGACCUGGCACUAUGUCUUUAGUCAACAACAACCUUCUUCCGAUCCUCAACAAGUUUACCAAUAUGAUCAAUCCCGUCCCCAGGACGUUAAACUGGACGACGAAGUAUGGUACAUCAACGGCGUACCAUUUCAGCACGCCAAGUCUUUGCAAAUACCAUUUCAGUAUCCAGAUUAUGUUCAGUCCCCAUCGCCAUCGGCUUUACCGGUGUCGGCGCAAUAUUCUUCCGGCCAUAUUACGUCACAGUAUCAAUGGAGCGCCGGAAACUGCGACAAUACUCAAGAUACCACUACACAGUCGCAGGUUUUUGCGCAACCACCACCACAACUGCCGAUUGUCUUCGACCCAGCUCGGGGAUACCACGUGUACCAAAUGAAUCUACCGGCCAAUGACUAUGUUACAAGAAACAACGCCAAUUACUGCAACACUACACGAGGCAAGAAAUCGCAGGCCAAUAAUAGCGGCUAUCACUUAGGGGUGCCGAUUCCAAACAAUCAAAACAACAACAGUUUCCUUAGAGAUGACGGUAGUGUUGUUACCGGAGACUAUAGGGUCGAAGUUGUAAAGCAAGAGCCAUAUACACGGUCACCGUGCGUGUCAGAAAGUCCAUGUGAGAGUGUGGACGCUCAUAGUUCGGACCGCUCGUCCUCGCACGAGCCGUUUGCCUCCUUGGAGAGCAGUAGCUGCAUCAGUUCAUUUGGAGAUUUUGUGGACUCGUCUUCUCCCAGUCCUUUUGAAGACGUUGAAAGUGUAGACGUUAAAUCCCAUGGAGAAGGCACGCUUUUCCUUGACUGUUUAAAUCAGUUUGAACAACCUCCUACGGAACCAAACCUUCCUAUCAAAUCGGUAUGUGGGGAUCAAUGCCCUGAGUUACUGAGCGAUGUUCCAUUUAAGGCCAAGAAAAUACGAAUCAUUCGUAAUAGUUCCCAUGCCCGUGAGCAAGCCAUUGUAGCCGCCAACAAGCGGAAACCAACCAGAAACAUGCGAUCCGGCCUUAUAACUAUAUUGUGACAGUUUUGUAAUAUAAUUAU